AUGGCUACCGACAGUGAAGAUGCCGUCCGCCGAAAGACGGCAGUAGCCGAAUACCGGAAAAAGCUCCUCAGCCACAAAGAGCUCGAGUCUCGAGUUCGUACCGUUAGGGAGAGUUUACGAGCUACAAAGAAAGAAUAUGCUAAAACUGAAGAUGAUUUGAAGUCACUGCAGAGCGUUGGACAGAUCAUAGGAGAAGUUCUCAGGCCCCUGGACAAUGAGCGAUUGAUAGUCAAGGCCAGCAGCGGCCCAAGAUAUGUGGUUGGUUGCCGCAGUAAAGUGGACAAAGAAAAACUUACAGCUGGCACUAGAGUAGUUCUUGAUAUGACAACUCUCACUAUUAUGCGAGCGCUUCCUCGUGAGGUUGAUCCAGUUGUAUAUAACAUGCUUCAUGAAGAUCCUGGGAAUGUAAGCUAUUCUGCUGUAGGUGGGCUGUCAGACCAGAUUCGAGAACUAAGAGAAUCUAUAGAACUGCCUUUGAUGAAUCCUGAACUCUUCAUCAGGGUUGGCAUUAAACCUCCCAAGGGCGUUCUUCUCUAUGGGCCUCCAGGAACUGGCAAGACUCUAUUAGCAAGAGCAAUUGCUAGCAAUAUAGAUGCCAAUUUCUUAAAGGUUGUAUCGAGUGCUAUUAUAGACAAGUAUAUCGGCGAGAGUGCAAGAUUGAUCAGGGAGAUGUUUGGGUAUGCCCGUGAUCAUCAACCAUGUAUCAUCUUUAUGGAUGAGAUUGAUGCCAUUGGUGGACGUCGGUUCAGCGAGGGAACAAGUGCUGACCGUGAAAUACAAAGGACACUUAUGGAGUUGCUUAACCAGCUUGAUGGGUUUGACCAGCUUGGAAAGGUAAAAAUGAUUAUGGCGACAAACAGACCUGACGUUUUAGACCCUGCACUUCUUCGUCCUGGUCGGUUAGACAGGAAAAUAGAAAUACCACUUCCAAAUGAACAGUCGAGAAUGGAAAUUCUGAAGAUCCACGCUGCUGGAAUUGCCAAACAUGGUGAAAUUGAUUAUGAGGCUGUUGUCAAACUUGCGGAGGGUUUUAAUGGGGCUGACCUUCGUAAUAUUUGUACUGAAGCUGGUAUGUCUGCAAUCCGUGCAGAGCGUGAUUAUGUUAUUCAUGAAGAUUUCAUGAAGGCUGUAAGGAAACUGAACGAAGCAAAGAAGCUGGAAUCAACUGCACAUUACAAUACUGAUUUUGGGAAGGAUUAA